UCAAAAUAAAUAAACAUUGAAAAAUAGUUUGAUAGAUUAUUUUGAUCUUCGCAUCGUAAAAUAGCAGAUUAUUCACGUUCGUGGCGCUGAGUAAUUAUCAGGACGUUUAUUAAGUGCCGUGGUGUAGUUUAUUGCGUUCGCUUAUGCGAAUCGCAGAAUUUGGAAUAACAGAGGUGUCAGAAUGAGUGCGAUACGAGGGAAACCCCGAAAGAUUCGCUCGGAACUAAGUGCUUAUUUUGUGAUAGUUUGCUCGUUUGCCCUGUUGGGUCAUAGUUGCUGCAAUGGAGAAUCAACAGAUAUUGAGCUGGAUGCGAAAGCUAAUAAAAUGCAUCAGAUUGACAGCCUUAACCUGCUGUUGUACACGUUUCUGCUAACGUUAACUGUGCUCACGAUUUGGCUUUUCAAACAUCGUCGGGUGUCCUGGCUGCAUGAAACCGGACUAGCCGUCAUAUACGGACUCAUUGUUGGCGCCAUAAUUCGUUAUGCAGGCACUACUACACCGAUUACUCACGUGGCAGUGGAACCUGAACCGGACGUGAAAUACAAUCAGAGCCUUCCGCCAGAUACACUGUGGCUGAUAUUUCCCGGGAAACUGCCAUACGAUGCCGACUCACCAGUUCGCGCGAACAAGAGCUAUUCCUAUAGCUUUCGGGGAGAAGUUGCCAAGCUGGAAGAGAAUGAAAUAGACUUGAAGGCGACCUUUGAUCCGGAAAUUUUUUUCAACAUUAUUUUGCCACCGAUCAUCUUUCACGCAGGAUACAGUCUCAAAAGGAAAUAUUUUUUCCGUAACUUAGGGGCUAUAUUAACAUUUGCCAUAAUCGGAACGACUCUGUCUGCGUUUCUCAUCGGUGCAUUAAUGUACGGAUUUGCACAGAUGAUGCCAAAGUUAAGCGCCAGUUUUACGUUUCUUGAUAUGCUCUACUUUGGAGCACUAAUCUCACCGACUGACCCACUGACAAUACUAGCGAUAUUUAGUGAUCUGAACGUCGAUGUUAAUUUGUACGCUUUGGUGUUUGGCGAGAGUGUGCUGAACGACGCCGUCUCGCUUGUACUUAGUGGUGCUAUACAGAAUUAUGAUGAACACUACUCGAGUACCGGUGAUUUCGAGGGCCAUGCCUUCCUCAGGUCACUGGGAGAUUUUUUCAGUGUAUUCUUCUUUUCGUUAUUGAUUGGAGCAUCUAUGGGUUGUAUUACGGCACUGAUGACAAAAUUUACUCAUAUUCGCGAUUUUCCAUUGCUAGAAUCGGCUCUGUUUGUGCUGAUGUCGUACAGUACCUUUCUGAUAGCGGAAGCGGCGGAGCUUACAGGCGUUGUCGCUGUACUAUUCUGUGGAAUUUGUCAAGCUCACUACACAUACAAUAAUUUAUCAGAUGAUUCGCGGACUCGAACAAAACAGAUAUUUGAAUUGCUAAAUUUUCUCGCAGAGAACUUUAUUUUCUCAUACAUUGGUGUAUCGAUGUUCACUUUCCCAAAGCAUCAUUUUGAUCCGUUGUUCAUUUUCACAGGCUUUAUAUGUGCUGCUAUUGGCCGAGCUGUGAAUAUUUACCCCCUUUCGGCAUUACUAAACAUUGCUAGGAAACCAAAAAUUUCAUGGAACUUUCAACAUAUGCUCUUUUUUGCAGGACUCAGGGGAGCUAUGUCUUUUGCUCUAGCAAUUAGAAACACUGUAUCAGAUGCACGCCAAGCUAUGCUCACUACAACCUCGCUAAUUGUCAUUGCAACUGUAAUAAUCCAGGGUGGUGCAUCGAACUUUUUACUAAAUUGGUUAAAAAUACCAAUUGGUGUGGAUGAUGAAACGGAAGCCCUACCGUACCAGGGUGUUAGAAGCGUCUACAAUUCAAUGGAGAACACAGCCGGGUCUAUCGACGUUGGCCUAAAUUUAAGUCAGCUGCAGGUCAAUAGAAGGACCAGUUCGUUGGAUCUCGAGAACCAGGACAGUGAAGGAAUGACCACGCCUGGUGGAACUAGAAGAGGAAACGAGAAAGCUGUGCUUGCUCGUGUUUGGGGCAAUUUUGAUACAAGAUAUAUGAAGCCACUGUUGACUCAUUCACGACCAACGUUGUUGGAAACGCUUCCGGUAUGUCUUAGUCCGAUUGCUAGGCUGCUAACGACGACCGAGCAAUUGACGCAGGAAGGACCUACGAGACGUGCGGACUCGGAUUCGGACCUGUGCAUCGAUGAUGAUGAUCGAACCUCGCGAGGCGAUGGCACCAUUCGACGAAAUUCGAUCAAUCGCGUAAGUAUACGUCUCGUUUCAGACGAUCGCACGAUUUUUGCGAGCUACAAGAAUCGUGACUGAAUCGGGUCACCCAUAACAGCAUGGUAGCUACAUCAACAAUAACCAAUAAUGUUGGGGGAUAGUUUUUGCCAUUGGGACUAACGGUAACGAACACUCGAAUGUACACCAAACACACCCUUUUCUCGGUUCACAUGGAGUUAGGAUCAUACUAACAAUAGUUGGGUAAAUAAUUUUCUAGUCGAACAAUAGUAGAAAAAGCGAGUAUUUACUUUUACUAAUCGCAUUUCAUCUUCAUAGAUGAGUUAUAAUGUAGUGCGAAAGCAUUUGCCAAAUCUAGAAACAUUGAGAAAAUUGAACGAAAAUUACUUUUUCAUUAAAUUUAGCAGCAACUCUAACCAUUAAACUAACUGUCCUCAAUCCUGCUACCUAUAUUGGUUAAAUUUGCCAUUUCCUGCAUGGUAUUUUCUAGAUUUGCGAGACAAAUUUUUGGACAGUACGUUUUUUUAACAAAUCUAAAAUGCAUAAGUUGUUAUAUUCUCUGUCAUUUCAAGUACAAUUAACACUAGAACACGUUUAACGAAAUGAACAGCGCUAUUGACAUUUAACAUCAGAACAGUUUGGUUUUGGUUCUUGCACGCUUUGUUGGUUGCUCUCGGAAAUAUGAUUUACUUAUUUAUCUUUUCCUUUUCAACUGAAUUUCAGCCCAAAAUGAGGAAAUAAUAUUCGUAGGUUUCCCUUUUUAUGUUUGUUAGAAGAAUUGAGAAUCGAACAGAAAACGAUCAAAUCGUAUUCUGUGCAUAUGUAAAGAUAUCAUUAUUUCAUGUACAUAUUUUAGUGAAACUCCUAUUGAAUAGUUAUUACUUUUAAUUUGCUCUAGCAAUUUAAAAAAUCGGAUAAAUACGAUAACAUCAGAUUACGGUACAGUUUGUUCUUCAUAGACUUAGAUGCCAAAAUUAAAAGGGUGAGAAACUAAGUGAGGAGAAAAUUGCAUAGCCAUAGGCAUGAAUCAGUAAGUUUUGAUUAACCGAUUGUAAUUUAGCGCAUUCGACAAGUUGGACAAGAGAAAUCUACAAACGUGUCGCCAAAGGGCGUUUUUAGAACAAUCGUGCCCUGUGAUUUAGAAAAAUCUUCUACGUGUUUCGAAACUACGGCAUGCUGUCCAGGGCUUUAACCGGCCACUGCAAACUCAAUUAUCACAUGGCAACUAUUCAGCGCGCUGAGUCAAUUUUCAUGUGAUCUUUGUGAUUCCGACUACGGAACCUCAUAUUAUCUGAUACGCAACUGCCGACACCAUGUUUGUAUGACUGAGACUCAGAGACAUACUAAAGCUUCUUACCUGCUGUUUGUUUUGUGCUAUUAUUUUUGCCACCCUUUCGAUUUUACUUCUUCCCACCUCCUCCUUUCCUUCCGCUCAGAAAAUGAUCAUCAGACGGGAAGGCACAAAUCCCCAAUCACAUACGGGGAACGUGCUACUUGAGCCAAUAUAUUCUGAUUCCUGAAGCGCAUGUAGUAGGUAGUGUUAUCCAUCUACAACUCCUGUGCAAAGUAUAUCAAUGUCUUCUUUUGGCAGAUCAUUUUUUACGCGCUUUAACGUUUUAGAUUGGCGGAGCCGCGGAUCAUUUAUAUAUUUACGUUACAUCCUAAAUUGUAUGCUAUGCGGCACACGUAAAUCGUCUGGGCGCGCCUUGAUUUGUCCUUGGUGGUGAAUCCAUUGCAGGUACUGGGUCAUAUAACUUUGUCUACCUUAUUGGCAGCGCUGCUUUGGAUAUAUUAGAUCACUGCCCAUUAGAGCAUAAGAGUGAGUUCCUUAUGGAUUUUUACCGAAAAUCAGUUAUGUUUGACUGAACAGCGAUGCCAACCUUCCAGUUUAAACUGGAUUCUUCCAGUUUUUUUCAACAUCCCGUCGAACAGACAAUCGGAAGAAUCUUCCAGUUUUUUGAAAUUUGAGCCAGUUUUAUCCAGUUUAUUUUAAAUAUUCAUUUAUUUUGUUUUUUUUUAAUUGUAACUUGAUUCCUAGCAUUUUCAAGCAAGCCAUGGGAUGAUGCCGAAUGUUCUAGAAUAAGAUUUUAGUUCACCGUAACCUGAAUUCUUUUUAUAUCACUUAUGAGUAAAACGGUUCGGGAAUGCACAUUUUGAUUCGAUUUCAAAUGAAUUUUACUCAAACAUAAAGGUGGCAGUAAAUUGUGUCAAAUAUUUUGAUGCACAUUUAUUGAAUUCUCAGCUAGUUGCUAUAGUAUCCAAUGAAAGGUUCAAGCGCAUCCUCUAGUUUAGCAAAUGGUCUUAAAUUUAGGAUUUUGUGGAUGUGUUGAUUGAAACCUUCAAAACAGUAAAAUUCGACUAGCUAUUACAAUUACAAUCAAAUUCGAAUGUCUUAAUAUUUUUUUUUUAAUUUGGACAACAAUAUCAAAAAACCGACUCAAAUUUUCAGUAAAAGGUAUGGAACAUAUGUGUUUACUUAAAAUUACGUUCAUUGAAUCGUUGACUUUAAACGUACAGCUGGUCCUUGCAUAGUAAUUUUUAGAAGACUAGGUACUUAACGAAAGGCAUUAUUUAUUUUCUUUCUGCUUUUAUACAUAUACAUUCUUUCUGCUUUUAUACAUUCUUGCCAAAAUUUUCAGGUGAGAACUUUUUAGGCGAUUCUAAUACUGAAGAGCCUCAGUUCGAUUUUGAAGCUUGAAAUUUAUAUUUUUACUUUUCAAUAUAUUUAAAGCCAGUUUUGCGAGGUAUGUACUAGUCCUGUUACUUUUGUUUUCGCACUUAUAUUCAACAAAAGGACUGAUUUAGCAGGACCUGAGCAGUAAACUGGUUUCAGAAAACGACAUCUCAGCAACUUUUCGAACACAGGGAGAAUUUCCCACGCAAAAGCUCAAGGUUUUAAAUGGUUUUUUUCGGCGCAGUGAAGAGAUGAAUUGAGAUGAUGUGAAAUGGAAUUUAUAAUAAUAAAUGUGAAGCUCAACAAAAUUUUUUUUUUUCGAAUAGUUUAGUAACUGCUGUGCUACAAUUUUUCACUUGCAGGAAGUCUGUCUCCAAUACCUUUUCAUCUAAAACCAAAGUUCUUUCGAUUCCUUGGAACAAUAUCAGAAAUAUUCUGAUUUUUUCGCGAUAUAACGCACGUUUUUAUAAGAAAGGUCAUUCAAAUUGACAGGAUUGUUUAUUAAAAAAAACUAUGCAAUAGUAAUUGAAAUGCUACGUAAAGCACCGGAAGAAACACUUUUGAAUAUUAAAUUUAUUUGUUUCACAUUUCCGGAGAGCUCAAAAAAGUGGUUUCGAAAAAACGCGUUUAAAGUUUUCAUUAUGCUCGGAAUUUUGCUAAGAGGGCUUGUGGCAGCAACGAAACUUUAAACAUUUGGAACAUCUUAAUACUUGAAGUGUAUUUCUACUAAGAUAAAAAAUAUACAUAUAUAUUAUAUAUUCCAUCCAAACAUUUCAACUGUGAGGUGUUCUGAAAUAAAGCUUUUUCGUUAAUUUAUUAUUUCGACACAGUUCGAUACAUAACUUGCAUCUUGUAUAUGUUUUUUAAUUAUAUAAAGUUGUUUAAUAGCACCUUAAAGUCGGCUUCUUCGAAUGUCUUCGUCUAUAAUAACGUUGUUGCUGGUGUUGUGAUGCUAAAGGUCGGUCGCUCUUUGUUUUCCCUUCCUGCGGAUAACGCACUGAUAUAUGGAAACACCUGUUCUUUGCUUUAGUUUUCUAGUAGGGUGGAUGUACCAAUAGUCGCAUGCUUAAGGAAAACUUUUGAUAAAAAAAUCGAUUAAUAGACCUAUGGGCAAUGUUAAUACAUUAAACGAAAGCUUUCAGUCCCUACUUCAUAGGAAAAAUAUAAAGAUGGCUUAAUAACCAAUUUAUGUAUUCAAAACCGCUUGUACCACUAUAGGAACACAAGUACCAAUAGUGGUGCAAUCGCUAAUUUCGGUUCCUAUUGUUGCAAAUCCCAUGGCUUUCUUAUGGGACUUGCAACUAUAGGUACACUACAUCAACUAUAGGUGCAAGGGAGCUCAAAAUUCUAAGAAAAUCAUUUUUUUCAAUAGUUAUUUGAGCAAAUUUCAAGGAUAACAGUUUUAUUGUCGCAUAAUUUUAGUGCGAUGAAUCGAUAAAAAAAUAUUUGUUGAUGGUUGGUACCUUAGUUAGGCGUAUAACCCACUACUGCAACUAUUGGUACACCUCAACUAUAGGAGCACCCACCCUAUAUCCCUGUCAAAAGAAGUAUCCGAUGUGAACAGAAGAUAUUAUCUAACUAAAGUGAGACCAUGAUCUAUGUUGUAACAAACUGUACCUUAGUCUACGAUAGGUGUAGAGUUGAUAUGUGCCAAUAUGAUAUAAACAAAAAAACGGAUUCAUCGAAGUAUGUUAGUCUGGACUGUUGCCGUUCAAUCAAUUUCGCAACAACUAUUUGUGUUAAGUCUCGGAAAAAUUAGAAGUUUUAAAUGAUUAUAUGAAAGUACUUGUUAAAAUGGCCGAAAUAUUUUGUUUCCAUAUCUACCACAUUAAUGUAUUUCAAUCGCAAAUGGAAAGCUUUUAGUACUUGGCUAUAAUUUAAAAAAAUGAUUUUCUGGGUUCGUAAAGUUUGAUUCUGCGUUUAGUGUCCUUCCCGAUCAAAAUCCUUUCAUUCAUGAGGUUUUUUAGUUGUUUACAUUAUCUGAAUAUUCACCUCGAUAUCUGAAAUUGUUGAGAGCUCGUGAUCACAUCAACGGAGCUAGAGAAGAAAUGCAAUUCCAAGAUAAUUGCAGUAUGCGGACAUUAGGUAUCACUUUAAAAUGUCCAUGACUUAUGUCGUAGUGCUCCAAUUUCUCCAAUUUGCAGCAUGAAACAAUCAUUUUUGACCCAGCCCAACAUAUACAAAACCUUUAAUUUAUAAUGAAAGUUUUACAGCUUGUGGUUCAGAACGUUUGAGUAAUUUCGGUCAAAAUUAUAACUUAGAAAUAUUGCGAUAACUCGAUAUUGGCAAGAUCUGUGAUUGAACACAACUAUGGUUUAUAAUUUAUUUUAAUUGUACUUAAAUGUUAAGUUUUUCCUAGCAGUUUUCACAGAAAGCGCAAAAGUAAAAUAUUUCAUUAAACAGAAUGAUUAGUUAGAAAACGUUCCCAAGAAUAGAUGAACAUUUCCUCCGAGAGGCUAGAUUUUAGUCAUGCGUACCAUACUAGGUUAUUACGGUGUCAUACAAAUAAGACUUUGAAUGAACAAAGUUAUUAUGCAGUGGAUCGAUUAUGUUUCACCAUGUUGAAAAUGUUGUUUAAAUAGAAGUGGUGUUUUAUCGAGCAUACAUGAUUUGAUGAAAAAACUAGCCCUUAGAUACAAAAACAACCAUGAGACGAGUGAAUAUUUGCCACAAAUACAGUGUCCUAUGUGAAGAGUUUUCCAUACUUAUCUA